AUGCCCUAUCGAGGCAAGCAACAGCAUAUGGGGGUUCAGGGAGCAUACUCGAGGGGGCAAGGGAAGCAGCCGAGGGGACAACAACGUCUCCAUAACAUACUGCCUCCUCCAGCUCCAUGGAGAUCAUGGGCUAGUGUUGGGAUAAAACUUACUGGGCUGCCUCGCCAAGUCACUGCCCGCACUAUCUGGCAGACAUUUAAAAGCGAAGGCACAAUCUUUUCGAUUGACAUUUAUGAAGACCAUCAUGGCCAGUUGGAGUCGAGGGGGAAAAUUCGCUUUAAACCGCCACCGCGUACCGAUUUCUGGAAAAGCGGUUCUUACAGUAUAAAGCUACCGAGCGGACAAGAGGGACGCAUAUUUGUAACUCUCGAAGCGCCCAGGCCCUCAGAGCUUGAAAUUCCGAGUCCCGUUCGUCCCAACGUCCGCUAUCCAGCCGAGCUCACGAUCCCGAUCUCCUCACUGGAUAUUGGAGUUAUGCUCAACGAAACUACACUUCUACCAAUGCGGACAAUCGAAGCAGGUCCACUCGGGAAACCCUUCCUGCUACUCAAUCUGAAGUUGAGGGAGCUGCACGUCUUCUUCCAGCUCCAGAUACUCAGUUCCGGUAAUAAGUCAACCUCAACCUCUGCAUCGGAUACAUGGCACAACUAUCGUCUUAGGAUUCCCCUAAGGCAGCUGGGCAAAAUCUUCCAGUCGCGCAAUAUUACAACUGGGGUCAUAUCUCACUUGACCGUGCUCGACUCCCCUCCCAUGUACCACCGCCGAAUCAGCGAUAUAAAUGCCACCUUCCAUGAGCCGGGAAGCUGGAGAGACUCGGACUGCUGGUACCGGCAGACACAUAUUGUCCACAAUCCUCUCAGCUUGUCUUCGCUUCCAGUCAGCUUGCCAAGGCAAAAGCCUCUCAUAGACAUAGGUCGAUGGAAUGCCUUGAAAAUCAGUUAUCCUAACGAUUGCAGGAAGGAGCUCUUCACUGAGCUUUGUGCAAUUUUCCGGGAUUAUAAUAUCGCUAUUGAGGACACAGACCGCUUUAUCCAAUGGGACGAUAGACAAGAGAGGAUGCCGCCAGUGUGGAAGUGGAUCGAUCUAUCCGAUACCUCAAAUUUGUCCGUUUCGUCAUUGAAUGACCUGAUUGAUUCUACUUAUGUCCCUCUGUCCUUCCCCGUUCGGUAUCAGCUUGAAGUUUGUAUUUCUAAUGGCUACCUUUCCGAGUUUACCAUGACGCAUGAGUUCGCUGUCAAAUUGGCUGAGCUCGGGGAAGCAAAGGCAAGAAAACUUCUGGAAAAUGUGGCAAGCCAAAAAGAGCAGUAUUACGACCCUAUGAAGAUAUUUGACCUUCCUUUUGUCAGAGGCAUUAGAGCCACCAAGGCAAAGAUACCUCCGUACUGCUGUCACAUGCGAUCUGCCACAAUCACACCCAGCACCAUAUACUAUAAUCUACCGUCAGUGGACAUCUCGAACCGGAUUAUUAGGCGUUACAUGGAACAUGCGGAUCGCUUCCUCAGGGUUCGAUUCACGGAUGAGAAACUUUAUGGUCGCAUUAAUGCUAGAAGUGAUAAUUCUAAUGAUGAGAUAUUCACUCGCAUCAAGCGAGCACUGGCAAAUGGCAUUGUCAUUGGAGACAGACGGUACGAAUUUCUUGCUUUCGGGAACUCCCAAUUCCGCGAGCAUGGGGCCUACUUCUUUGCUCCAUUGCCUGAUCUUACAGCAGCCAAUAUCCGUGCUUGGAUGGGUCAUUUCAGUGAUAUUCGCAAUGUGGCCAAAUACGCAGCACGACUAGGCCAAUGUUUCUCAACAACUCGAGCAGUAGCUGGCUGUCCGGUACAGAUACGCAAUAUUCCUGAUGUGGAAAGAAAUGGCUACACCUUUUCAGAUGGGGUCGGAAAGAUCUCGAGGUUCCUUGCGCAAAUGGCAAUGACGGAGCUUAAGAUCAAGACGCCAACGGGCGAGCCUCCAUCGGCUUUUCAGUUCCGUCUCGGGGGCUGUAAGGGUAUGCUUGCUGUUUCUUCCGAUGCCCAGCCGCAAGAGAUCCACAUUCGAGAGAGUCAAAAUAAGUUUCCGACCGUCCAUAAUGGCUUGGAGAUUAUUCGAUGGUCUCAGUUCUCAAUGGCUACUUUGAACCGCCAGCUGAUACUUGUCAUGUCUACCCUCGGGGUUCCCGACGAGGUGUUUCAUGCUAAGCUCAAGUCCAUGCUGCGUGCUCUCGAUGAGGCCAUGGAAAGUGACUCCCGAGCAAUCGAGGUACUCAAAAAGUACGUUGAUCCGAAUCAGACGACUCUGACCGUCAGUCAAAUGGUAUCUGAUGGUUUCCGGCGAUCUAAGGAGCCAUUCCUCACAUCUAUCCUAGCAUUGUGGCGGACCUGGCAUAUCAAGUAUCUGAAGGAAAAGGCGAAGAUUGUUAUUGAUAAAGGCACAAAUCUACUAGGAGUUAUGGACGAGACGGGGAUUCUCAAGGGCUACUUCUAUGAUAAGAUACCAAAGAAAGACGCUUCUCUCGAGCAGAAGCUGGCAGCACUACCAGAGAUAUUUCUUCAGAUUCCUCGUUCAGAAGCCUCCGAGGACGGAGCAACAUAUGAAGUCAUCGAAGGGCUCUGUAUAUUGGCACGAAAUCCCUCUCUUCACCCAGGUGACAUUCGUGUGGUCAGGGCAGUCAACGUGCCUGAGUUGCGCAGCCUCCGUGAUGUGGUCGUCUUACCGCAAACCGGCGAUCGAGAUAUCGCCAGCAUGUGUUCCGGUGGAGACCUCGAUGGUGAUGACUACCUGAUUAUCUGGGAUCAGGAUCUAAUUCACAAGGAUUGGUUCCUAGACCCAAUACGCUAUUCAAGCAACAAGGCCCAGGAUCUAGACCACGAUGUCACCGUCGAUGAGGUCACUUCUUUCUUCGUCAUGUACAUGAAAAAUGACAGCCUUCCAACGAUCGCUCACGCCCAUGUUGCCUGGGCAGAUCAGCUUGAGGAUGGUGUCAACGAAGAAAAGUGUAUCCGGCUGGCUCAGCUCCAUUCCGAUGCUGUAGACUACAACAAGACAGGAAGACCGGCUAUCAUGACCCGCAAUCUUCAGCCACGAAGGUGGCCUCACUUCAUGGAGAAGCCUAAGCCGAAAGACCUAAUUUAUCACUCCGAAAAGAUCCUCGGUCAGCUUUAUGACGCCGUGGAGAGGAUAGACUUCGUGCCAAGCCUGGAGAUGCCUUUCGACGAGCGUAUCCUGAACUGUUCGAUCGAAGUCAACGAAGACCUCUAUACAUUCGCGAAGAAUCUCAAGGUCGAACACGACACAGCCAUGCGGCGGAUCAUGGCACAGCACGAGAUCAAGACCGAAUUUGAAAUUUGGUCUACCUUUAUCCUUAAUCAUUCGCAAAUGAGCAAGGACUACAAAUUCCACGAAGAGAUUGGUGCAAUUUCAGCCGCACACCGCGAAACUUUCAGAAAGCAAUGCUACAACAAGGUAGAAGGUAGAACAUUCGAGCUGCUCGCACCACUAGCAGUCGCGAUGUACCGUGUCACGCAUGAAGAAAUGACCCAGGCGCUCAGGAAGCAUCGUGAGAAAUCUCCACAGCAUGGAACUCCCAAGAUAAACCAACUACCUCUUAUCAGCUUUCCCUGGAUUCUUCCCCAUAUACUGGGUAGAGUUGCACGUGGGCUUUACGAUAUCUAUCAACCUGCAACACUCAACCCCGGUCCUGUGGAACAUGGCCCGGUCAAGGUCCCACAGGCUGCAGAUAAACCCGAUACCCUGUACGAAGACCCGUUCGGCCUAUUCACAGACGAGGAACGCGCAGCCAAUGCAUCGCACACUCAGCCAAUCUCCACUGCGGGUCCUUCCACUGGCCACGCAAGCGCGGAGAGUAGCGAGAGCAUCAUCGAUCAACUCCUUGAUAUAGGCAUCUCGGACGUACCCGCUUUAUCGCCUUCUCCUCCAUCCGCGUCUUCAAGCACUCCCGGUAGAGAACAGAUAUCAUUGUUAGACAUCGAUGACAAUGUAACAAUUAGCGAAUUGCCCAAGAUGAUCAAGCCGGUCAUUGCAAGCCCCGCAGCAACACCACUUGUGGAGGAAAAUGUCGAGGGAGAGGACGAAUGCGAGGAGAUCCUUGAGGAGGAAGACGAACUUGAACCUACUGCUCUCGAUAAACUCAAUGAGCUGCUUGGGCUUUGA